AAUCGCUUCCAGCCACCGUCAGUUCAUUGAUGGCGAGCGCGCUGCGCAGGCGCAAGUCGUAACCACCACGUCGCCACUCCACUACCACUCGCCGAAGUGCGCGCAACAUGGCGGUCCAACAGUUUGCCGUACUGCCUAUGCUAUUCGCAACCCUCGUCGUGAUAUUUGCUGAGCCAACGCCUGGGAGGAUUCCAAAGGUGUACAAUGCUCUUAUUACAUCAAACCAGAACUUGGAGCCAAGCAAAGCCUUUCCUUUGUACCAACCUGUGCUGCACAAUACUUUCCCGUUCCCACUGCAACCUGUCGUCUAUGGAGAUCUACCAUUAGGAAAUGGUCUACUUCCCAUUGCCACAUUUUCACCUAAGGACACCAAGACCAAAUCUGAAGUAACACCAGCAUCUACACCUGAACCUGCAGCAGGAACAGAAGCUUCCGAAACGGCGAAACCUUCUGAAACGGUGGAAUCAAGUAGCCCCAUGGCAGAAGACGAUAAAGUCACACCAGCCCCACCAUUAGCACCGAAAACACAAUCUCCCAUCCCCUUGAAUGAAUUUGGCUUACCACCUCAAGUCCUUCCCGUCGGACGUUUUAACCCAGCAUAUCAAUUUACUCAACUACCUGCAUUCCCAUAUACAUACCCUGGUCUCAGAUUCUAUGAUCCUUACGAUCCCUUCGGUUUUCGUACGUAUGCUAACUGGCCUCUAUAUCAGCCAUUGACUAAUUUUUUAGGACCAGCUCUUUCUAUACCUAUGGUUAAACCUGAAGCUCCUGCGGCUGCAUCCGCAAAUAGCGACCAAUCUUCAGCAACGCCUCCGCCAGAACCCAGUGAUCUUAACGUCCUUAACUAUUCGGCUAAGGAUCCCGCUAUACCUAACGUUCCACCACCACCGCUGCCGCAAGGAGGACUUAAACCUGACACCGAAUAAACAUAAAAUAUAUUCGUAUAAUUAAUAACUCUUUUUUAUUUUCUUUAAGAAAAUAUUGUACAUAAGUUUAUUGAAUGCUCAUUUCGUCAAAGUUAAGAUUAACUCUAUAAUAAUAUAUGUAAAACUA